UUUAAUGAAGUUGGCCUGGUCACUCAAGAAAGGAUUAGAGGAGAAUUUAGUGUCACUGGGCAGUGACUGCUGAAGAGGGAGCUCGAGUGUUCGGGUCACUGUGUGAACAGGAUGGUCUCAGUUCAGAGCUGCACCAGGAGAAAUAUGCCUGGUUCUCCUCCCGCUUUACCGGGUUUCGGGAGCUCAGGAAAGAGCUUUCUCAUUGACAAUCUACUGCAGACAUCUUCAUCCCGCUCGGAAGGGACAACCUGGGGACACCUGAGACAAGCAGCAUGUGAACAUCCCAGAAGAACCUGGGCCCCUGAGCAUAGAGCCUUCCAAAGCCAGGGACAAAGUCCCCAGCAGGUGAAAGACUUAGGAGGACAACUUCUGCCACACUCAGGUGUACUCAACAGUGUUUUCCUGCGGAGCCCGCAGUAUCUGCUGGCAUGCUGCGGUGGGUCCAGCCCCCCUCCCGUCUUCUCCAAGGGAGCAAAUCUGCGGAUGUGGUCUGCUGAUGUAAGCCCGAAAGUUCGCAGAGGGAUCCUUAGGAGGGCUGUGUUCUCAGAAGAACAACGGAAGGAGCUUGAGAGAACCUUUCGGAGACAGAAGUACAUCAGCAAGACGGACCGGAACAAACUGGCAGCUGAGCUCAGUCUCAAGGAGUCACAGGUGAAGAUCUGGUUCCAGAACCGACGAAUGAAGUGGAGAAACUGUAAGGAGAAGGAGGUCCAUAAUACACGUUCCCCGAUGGAUGAGUUGAUGGCCACAGGCCUCGCAGAAGAAGAGGAAGAACCAUCUCAGAACAACACUGGUGCCAAGACACAGAGAUCACCACCACACAAGAGUGUCAGAGACACAUGAGGGGCUCUGAUGAACAAGAGUAAAAUGGGGACUUUCCGACUUCCACUGGCCUCGAAAAGGGCUUCAGUACAGGGGGGUUGUAUAAAAAACGUGGAUGGAAUAUGCCGUCUGUGAAAACUAACACUGAUAAUGUUAACUGCGUUUCAUCAUAAAUAUAAUUAGGCUCAACUGCUUGGUCAAUCAUCAUAUUGUGUUUCACUGGCUUCGGUGAACAAUUUCAUGGUUAUUACACUGACAAGUCUUUCCAGGGAAGAUUCCUCGUCUCCGAUUGUUAUUACAAUCAGUUAAAGGGAAACAUUUGUCACUUCAUUUACUGCAUUUACAAAUCAGACUUUUUUCCAACUAGUAACUAGCAACACAGCAGUGCAUCAUCAAAGCAUCAUUUUGCAAUGUCACUGAUGAUGUCUCAGUUGUGUGAUUAGGGUUAGGCUCUCUGCAAGUGCUCACCCAAUAUACAGUCAACACUGCACUUCCUCAGGUCCAAUGAUUAAAACCUAGUUUGAAGUCUUGGGUGAGCGAUUGUGGAGAAAAAUGACGAACAGAGAUUUCUGAAUGUAUUCAUAGGAUGUCUCAUUUUCGGUAAGCUUUAUGAUAUUCAUCACAUGACAUAUUUUGUAAAUAUUUUUUUCAUGAUCUUAAAUGCAUAGAUCUGUUGUAAAUAAAGUGUUUC